AGCCGGAAAGACGUCUCUACUCAAUGUCCUGGGUGGUGAGGUGUACAGGGGAGUGUCAGGAGACAUUCUGGUCAACGGUCAAGAAGUCAAUGCCAAAAAAAUGAAGAAAAUCAGUGCUUUUGUGUACCAGGAUGAUGUGAUCAUGGCCACUAUGACCGUUACGGAGGCCAUCACAUUCUCGGCCAAACUGCGACUGCCCAGUAGCAUGCCACUGGAUAGAAAAAUACACGCUGUGGACGAGGUGAUCGAUCUUCUACAUCUGGAGAAGUGUCGAGACGUUGUCAUUGGCAACGCGAUGAUCAAAGGAGUAUCUGGCGGUGAGAGAAAGCGCUGUGCAAUUGCCAUGGAGAUGGUCAUCAAUCCCGCUGUCCUGUUCCUCGAUGAACCCACCAGCGGACUGGACACGUACACAGCCUUCAGUGUAGUACAGACGCUCAAGCAAUUGGCGGCAAGUGGCCGCACAGUGGUUGCUACACUCCACCAGCCGUCCUCGGAGCUGUUCCAUAUGUUCGACGACUUAACGCUGAUGGCCAUGGGUCGCAUCAUGUACAUGGGGGAGAGCAGCCAGACGGUGAAGUACUUUGCUGACUUGGGCUUCCAAUGCCCUAACUUCACCAACCCCGCGGACUUCUUCUUCAUGGAAGUGCUUAACACCACUGACACUAUGACAGCCCAUAAGGACACCCCCGCCGACUCACAGGCGGGGUUGGCGAGACAGAGCAUCACUAGUGCCUUGUCCAUGGUUGCUGAUGCCAUGGGUGUUGGUACUGAGGGUGAUAAGGCGGCUGAUGAGGUGUUCUAUGGAGACAACGGCGACGAGCGAACGCUGCGGCUUCUCGACCAAUGGGAUCAAAGUAGUGGUGCGGCGAAGGUCAAUGCGUAUGUGCGGGAUGUGGCGCGUGGGCAGAUUGAGUUUCAUGAGCUCAAGUCACAGGCUGACUACAAGACACAGUUCCAUGAAUUGGGCAAGCGUGCAGUCAAGAACGCCAUCCGCGACAAGAUGAUUGUGGCCGUCAAGGUGUUCCAGUCGGUGUUCAUGAAUACUCUGGGUAUGUGCCUUAGAUCAGCAUGUGUGAUGUCGGUGUUUGCUGAUGAGAAGGUGGUAUUCUACCGUGAGUUCCGAUCCGGUUUCUACAAGACCUUGCCUUAUUUCGUCACAAAGACCGGCGUGGAGUUUCCCAUGAUUCUCGUCACCCAAUUCAUCGGAGCGAACAUCAGUUAUUGGCUCAUUGGCUUUCAGGUGGAGGCACUCAAGUUCUUCAUCUACUACAUAACCACUGCUCUGAUGGGACUGUGCGGUGCCGCUCUAGGUAUCCUGGCUAUGUGCUGGUUGCCUAAUCUGCAGGCGGCCUCAGCAAUCCUUCCGUUGCUCAUGACUGCCUUCAUGCUGUUUUCAGGUUUCUACCUCAACACUGAUAGUACGCCUGUCUACUUCAUUUGGAUUCAAUACCUCUCUCCCGUCUACUAUGGUUUCCAGUCAGUGGUUGUGAAUGAGUUCGAGGGAUUGGUGUUCGACUGCACUGGCGCCACCUACGGCUGUUACCCCACGGGCGAAGAUGUGAUCGCCUCGUUGGGAUUCGAAGUAUGAUAUCAUUGUCUAUUUGUGGAUCGAUCGUACUUUCAUAUCCGUGUGCACACUUAGAUGUAUAAGAUUCAUAUGUAUAAAUAUUUUAAAC